AUGCCGAUAUUCGAACGAGCCAUGCCCCCUCCGACAUGGGCCUCCUUCCCAUCCAGCCGACUGGCGACGCCCGAUUUCCCCAGCACGCGACCACCACCCACCCCCAAAAUGGGGAAUACACCCUCGCAAGAGCGCAGGCGCAACAGCACCCUCUUCAACCUAUGCCGUCCCUCCUCUUUUCGAAAGAAGAAAACUGCCGCAUGGGAUCCCCCAACCUAUGAAGAGUCCCAGUCGCACUCGCGGGACCCCAAGGCGCCCGCGAUGUCCCGACGUUCACGGGACUCCGACUCCGAGUCUCAAUUCGCCUUCCUCAAGGACUUCGACACCAUCUUCCUCGUAGAUGACAGCUCCAGCAUGAGCGGGUCCCGAUGGGCCGAAGCUGAGCAGGCCAUCUCCGCGAUCGCGCCCAUCUGCACCCAGCACGACGCCGAUGGCAUCGACAUCUACUUCCUCAACCACCGGCGCGCCUCGACGGCCGCCACCACUGGCGCAUACAGCAACAUCACGACAGCCGCCGACGUCCGCGACAUCUUCCACAGCGUGCGGCCGCGCGGCUCCACGCCCGUCGGGCGCCGACUCCUCCAGAUCCUCACGCCAUACUUGCGCCGCGUGCAGGCCAUGCAGGCGUCCCGCAACCCGGACGGCUCCCUCUCCGAUGCCUCCCUCUACAUCAAGCCGGUGAACAUUAUCACCAUCACGGACGGCGAGUUCACCGACGACGCGGAGAGUGUCAUCGUGCAGGUGGCCAAGGUGCUGGACAGCGCAGGGUGCGAGGCGCUACCGUGGCAGGUGGGCAUUCAGUUCUUCCAGAUCGGGGACGAUGAGCAGGUACGGCGGUAUCUACAGGAGUUGGAUGAUGAUUUGGGGAAGUGGUGUCGGGAUGAGAAGCUGAGGGAUAUCGUGGAUACGGUGCCGUGGCGGGGGAGGACUGGGGGGCCUUUGAAUGCUGAGGGCAUUCUGAAGUGUGUGCUUGGGGCAGUGAAUAAAAAGUAUGAUCGGAGGCGGGUCUAG